ACAAUCACGCUAAAUACAGCGGCAUCAUUUUUGCUUGAAUUCGAAGGGAUUUUUGCGCUGAAAAAAGAGACUUAUGUACUAGGUUUGGUUCUUCUAAUGGGUAUAUAUCCGGUCUGCUGAAUAGCCCGACAAGUUUUUCAAAGUUCGCGGAAGGUUCGUUAACGAAACGAGGCGAAACUGAAAAUUUGCAAAUCGGGCGACGCACAUGAAAAGUGUAAUAUGGAGGACAUAGAAUAUCUGGACGAGUAUAAAGACUUGGUGCUGCCAGGAAUCAAAUCGGGCGCUACGCCUUCUUCCUCUGCCGGCGUUUCCCGGCAGCGCCGCAUUUCAUCAGAUUCUAGCAACUCAUCUUCGAUCGAUGCGGACAUAUUCCAAAAGCUUUUCCACGGCAAGUAUCUAGACGAGGAACUGCUCAACGAGGGUUCCGUUUCCAAGUCGCAAGUCCGGGGCCGCCGCCGCUCCCCAUCAUCCUCCUCCAGCGACGAUUCCAACGAUGCCCUGGAAGCCCUUUUCAGCAGAAAAAGUGGGAAAUCGAAGCCCAAUAGGCGUCGCGAACGCUACGAGUCCUUUGAUUCGGUGGACGAUCUGGGCGAAGCCCUAAUGCGUCCUUCGCAUCGGUCGACAGUUUCUAAGCCCAGUACCUCACAGGCAGGUGCUAGAAAAUCAUCCCACGGAGCAGCUCAACGCAGAAGGAGCAGCAACAGCAGCGGCAGCACCUAUGGAAACAGCAAACCACUGUCAGCUUCUCAAAACAAAUCUGCUGCAAAUCCUAGUUUAAGUGCUAGAUCCAAGAAUUCCGACCCUGUGGUUACCAAGUCGUCGGGUUCUGUGAACGGCAGUGGUUUGGCAUCCUCGAAAAACAAGUCGGUAACCAUUAUAAAGGCACAGAAAACCGAUCUUACGCCUUCACAGCACGAACCCAAAACAGAUCCCUUGACUUUGGGGGAGUACUAUGGAGAUUCGGACAGCGAUUCUUCGUACGAAUUUGAAUCGGACUUUUAUGGAGAUCGCGACUCAGAGGACGAGGACGCCGAGCCGGUGAUCGACAUCUCAACAGACACGAGCAGGACCACUUCGGUGGCGGACACCGUGACACCUGUUGUUUCCGACGACGAGGGCCAGGAGCCGCAGAGUGAGCAGAAUGAGCACACGGAGCGUCCUGAAAAUGAUCGGGAGUCGGUUUUGAGAGGUGCUUAUGAGCGCCUGCAGUCAUACUUGAGUAAUCUCAGUUGCGCCGAGGCGCCGCCUAUCUAUAAGAAACAGUCUAGUGCUAGGAAAUCCCGCUCCAACGAAAAGAAAUCCUCUACCUCCGAACAGGUUAAGCAUGCUAAUGAGCAAUCAACGGCCAGUGACAAAGAGGAGGCGGAGGAUAAGAAAACGGAGCGGGAGCAGGAACAGGAGGCCCCAGGGGCCAGUAGUAGUGCCAAAUCCUCAGCUAGCAAGACCAGCACCAAUAAGAAGCUGUAUGACGUGGAUGACAGUGUUACGCUAGAAACGGUGGAGCGCAUGAGUCUUAACCUAGCCGAGCAGAUCAUGGAGAUUGAUGUGGAGCGCUCGUACGAGUUUGAAAAGCGAUCCGGCUCCAAGACGCGCAGCAGAUCGAGAUCUAAAGUUUCCUCCAAUUUGAGCAAGAGCCAUGUGCGCAAGCUCACCUAUUCUAGCGAACGACUGGAUAACCCGGAAUCCUCAGGGACUCAGCUGCGGCGUUCAAAGAGCGAUUCUUUCCCCAAGCGGGGACGUGGUCGAAGCCAAAAGAAGCGUAUAAAUCGAGCUGCGACCACGGAGGAAAAAACUCCUAAUGCGCAAGAAGGGGUAGGCGAGAUUGUCAAGAGAAAACGCGGAAGGCCUCGCAAAAAUGCUCCGAAACAGGAGAUGGCACAAGCCAGAGUUACUGAAAAUGCAGACGAAAGCUUGGAGCAAAAUAAAGCCGAACUGAUGAAAGCGAGCGAAGCGGAUGCGACAAUGGAGACUGGAAAUUCAGAAGAGCAGGAGUCACUAAAACUAGAUUCAGAACAAGAUAAAACCAAAGAGUUCGCAGGAUCUGAAAACGUAUCCCAGAAUGAUACUAACAUGACUUCAUGUCAUCACGAAAAGCACCUCAAAGGUGCUCCGGACAGGGAUGUACAGUUGGAUAAAGAGCCUUUUGAGAAUCUCGAGGAAGAAUCACCUCCUACGCUGGACACAUUAACCAAAACCUCUGAUGCCGUAGAGGUUUGCAAUGAUAUAACUGAAAAUAUAGAAAACAUCCAAGAUUUGGACGAAAAAGAUUCCAUUCCAGAAAAACUGGAACUUCAAAAAGGCUCUGCUGUUGAGGAUUUGUUAGAAUCCAACGAUCAUACAAUAAAGAAUUUGGACCAAACUCAAAAUGAAAUUGAAGCUACGGAAGACAUUGAACUGCCGUCAGUGCUCACAAAUGUGGACGCAACAGGAAAUAUUCUCGAGCAAAGCGACUCUCAGCUGGCGGAGGACAUAAAGUUGGCUGAAGAGAUCUUGGCUGCUGAAGUGGGUAAAGGAAUUGAAGUAAGUGAGGUAUCAGUGGCAUCAGUGGAAGGCGGGCAAAAUCCGGUUACUGAAAUCGUGAAGGAGUUGGAGCAAGAAACUAUUUCAGAGGUUGUGGAAGUAGCUAAGGAUAGUGUUCAGUCUGAAGAAAUUUCUUUAGCUGAAGAAAAAAGCUUACCUGGUGAGCCGACUUCAUCCGACGAUCAGCCUCCAGCUGAGAACCAGGACCUAGUUGAACAGCCGACUCCAGUUGAAGAAAAGCCUCAAGCUGAAAACCAGAAUCUUGUCGGAAAACCAACUCCAGUAAAGAAACAGACUAAAGUUGAAGAAGAGCCUUUAGUUGAAAAACAGACUCUAGUUAAAAAUCCUGUUUCAGUUGAAGAACUGACUCUUCCUGAUAAGGAUCCUCCUGCAAAAGACCCGUCUCCCGCUAGAGCGCGUUCUCAUGUGCAAGAACUGGACUCAGUUUCGAAAGAUCAACCAGCUACCAAAGAGCAAAAUCUGUCUUCGCCUGCUAUUACGCCUAAGAAACUAAAAGAGCUUGAAGCUCAUGAAAGUUCAGUAUCCAGACGGGCUCUCAGGUCAGAUAAGCCAUCUCCUGUUAAGGAAAGUCGUCCAAAGCGUCCUCGGAGAACUCAACUGGCGCUUCUUAUUUGUGAUUCAUCUAGACGAAACAGUCCGAGAUUAGGAAGGUCUCCGGCAGAAAGUCAUUCAUCCCAAGAGCGCUCACCGAUGGAAAAUAAAGGUGCCAUCAAGUUUGCCAAAGAACAGUUGACCACAGAAAAAGAAAAGGAGGUUGAGGAAAAAGCAUUACCAAUUGAGACAGAUUGUAAAGAAGGAAGAGAUACCAAAGCAACUAAAAUUGAGCCUGAAAUAGAAAAGGUUACUGACAGCCCAUUAAAGUCGGAAAAAAGCCAAAUGAUUCUUGGAACAGAAAGUGAUAAAGAUAAUCUUGAUUCAAUUGAAGAACUUCCUCCUACUUCAAAGCCGGCUGAAGAAUACUCAACAUCUAGCGAGUCUGAACAAAAAGACGAAAAACUAUCCUUAGAAACGGAACCUGCUAAGGAAAAAACAUCCAAUUCCAGAAAAUCCCGCAGAACCCUUUUGGGAAAGGUGAAAUCAGAAUGCGAAACAUCCGAAAAGAAACCAUUAAGAACAGGUAGCAAGGAAACUGAUCUGCAGUCAGAAACUACGCAAAGCAAUUCCCUCGCCGAUAAGGAGGAGCGAACCUCUGGCAGACUGAGUCGCAGAGAUAAGGCGAUGGCUGAUGCUGCCAAACCUCAAAAAGAUAAAUUACCUUCUGCCAAAUCAAAAUCUUCCAGCAAAACAGUUAUUUCGAAGGAAAAGAAUGAAACCAAGGAAAAGGACGAAAUCAAGGAAACAGAGUCCGAUGACAAAGCAAGCCUGGGUAAAUCAAAAACUGACAAGAAAACCGAGCAAGAAAAAUCGGACAGUGACAAGCAAGCAAAUGUCGGUUCAAAUCAAAAGGAACCAAAGAAGAAAGGAUCAUCAAGAGCUAGAUCAAAGAAAACUAUCCAAGAGCUGACGACAAAAUCAGAAGCUGUUGCGUUGAUUACUGACCCGGAAGCCAUUACAAACAAAUCUGUUCAGGAAUCGGCAGAGGUUUCGGUGGAAGUAAUUAAGAAUAGGAAUAUUACCGACGAUCAGAAACCCAACGAGGAGAUAACUGAAACUAAUAAAGAGGAAAGUAUAAUGCCAAAAAUUGAAGCGGUUCAGAAUACAUCUUCUGCAGAACAGGAUUCUAAGGUAAUUGGAAAAGACACGUCACAGUAUUUCGCUGACGUUUUUCAGGACAUAUCACAGAAAAGCGGCAAGACCGAUGAUGAAAAACCCAACGAGAACACGACUGAAACUACUUACGAGGAGAGUUUAGGACUAAAUACGGAGUCAGUUCAGAUUCCAUCCUCGUCAGAAAAGGUCUUGGAACCUAUUCCAACAGUUUCGGCACAGGCUUCAGACAAGUCCAAUGUUUUGAAAAAUAAGUCCAAACUCAGAAGUAAGAAAGGUAAUACAAAAUUCAAAGAGAAAAUUUCCGACUCUGAUGAAAAAGAGGAGAAGGUCCCAGUUCAAGAAAGAUCUUCUGCAGAGAAGGAUCCCGUAGAAAAUUCUCAAACUGAAACGGCGGACCUUGAACACAAACAGGACUCCGAAUCAACACCCAAAGGAACGACACAGGAUUCAGACAAGUCCAAUGCUUUUAAGGAAAAGCCCAAACCCAGAAGUAAGAAAGGUAAUAAGAAAUCCAAAGAGAAAAUUUCAGAGCCUGAUGAAAAAGAGGAGAAGGACUCAGUUCAAAAAACAAAUUCAACAGAGAACGAUUCCGUUGAAAAAUCUGAAGCUGAAACAGAGGAACUAAAAGUCAAACCAGAAUCCCCUGUAUUAGAAAGAGCGCGGAUUAGAAAACGAAGGCAAGCUGUAGUCAUUGAGGAUAUUGAGCCUCACAAAGACGAGAAUCGUGUCGAUUCCAGUGACCCGCAGACUCCUGCUUCAAUUAUAAACGAACCUUCCUUGCCCAUUUUAGAGGCUUUGGAAAACGUUUCGGAAACAAGCGAAUCAAAAGUUACACCAUUAAAAGGAAAAUCAAAAACUAAAAAAGGAAAAUUGAGCGUAGCAGCUCCUGAUCACGAGGAGACUACUGGAAGUUUGGAAUUGACUCAUGAGCUCAAAGAGCAGUCGGUGUCAGCACACACUUCCAUAGAAAACAAGGAGACGAUCUCCUCCCCAGCGGAUUCCCAAAUAGCUUUACCAACCACUCCCACUUCAAGUAUUGAUCAAACCAAAAAUACCGGCAGUACACUUAAAGGAUCUUCGAAGUCCAAACUUAACGUUCCAAAGCUGGCACACAAAUCUGACAAAGCUACUCAGAGAACUCCUAAGCUAGGUUCUGAAUCUUUAACCUCUGCAAACCAAAGACUUUUGAGUACUCCCUCAGUCUCCUGUCGCAAUCUUCGCGUUUUGGUAAAAAGAACUCCAAAUAGCUUUAAAGGCACAAGAAGAUCAUCUGUUUUUAAGAAAACUCCCACCAAAACAAAGCGUUUGAAGGCUCUUAUGGAUGGCAUCCAGAAAUCUCCAUCUCCAAAGCGACGUGCUAGUGAGCAGUCGAUUUCUACAGUUGCAACGGAAUCAGAGUCUAUACAUGAUCAAGAUUUGUUGCCCGGUUCUGAAUCUGAGCCUAACCAAAACUUAAACAAUGAAGUUCCUAAUGAAACACCCGAAAAAGUAGAUGGUGGCACUCGGGACGAGCCAAAGGAGAAAGAAGAAUCUGAUCAAGAACAGGAAACUAAUGAUAAAGAAACUUCUGAUGAGGUUGAUACGCUUAUUAAAAAGGGAUCAACUGAGAACAUCUUGAAGGAAGGUGCCAAUGCUCUCGUACACGAAUCAAGUUCAUUAACUGAAGCGAACUCUGAGCUCCAUGCCAUUAAAGAUGAGUCCCCAAAGGAAGAAAACUCAGAAGAAGAAAUCUCAAAAGAGCACAGCCAAAAGGAGGAAACUCAAGAAGAACAAAGCCCACAUGAUCAAAAACCAGAAAGUGAGUCAGCUCCCGCUACCGACCCUGGAGGGGAGGAGCCCACUGUUAAGUCGGUUGCAGCUGAAUCUGAAACCGAUGUUACCGACGACGAAGAACCCGCUAAAAGCCCAAUCCCAGACUCAACGGAAACAACAAGUGUUACGGUAGAACCACAACCCAGUACGUCGAGCAUGCUGAAGCGCAGCUUGCGCAAGCGCGAUGCGGAUUCCUCACAGCCAGAUGAAGCUGCUAAGCGAAAACAACGGCAAAUGGUGGAAAAAUCGGUUACUGACAGACAGGAACUGGGCAAGCCAAAUCGUCGUCGCCAUCUUGUGGAGGACGAAGAGCGGCCGACCAAUAAACGGACCAAAAUUGCCUCACAUGAAAAAACCAAUGUGAAGGGCAAAUACAUCUCUAUUAUAGGUAAUGAGACCAUCAUGUCAUCUACGACAGCGCCUAUUAAAGAAGGUGAAAGAACGUCUGGAGGGAAAGAGAUUAAUAAGAACGUAGAACUAGGACCCCCUGUCAGGAAGCUGCUAAAGACUGAUAGUUCGUCUCCGGGGGGUAAGAAGCCUAUGGUCCAGACCCUGCUGAGUUCCACCCUCAGUCUGCAGAAACCUUCGUCGGGCGAAGAUGGAUCCGCUCUGACACCCGCGAAAUCCCAGAAAAGAGCUGACGCCAAAGACAAGGCUGAUGAUCAGCCUGUUCUUAACAGCUCAAUUUUGCUAACCAAGAAGUCCUUGUCAGCUAACAAGAAAACGGAAUCUUCCAAGGAAGAUGGAUCAACGGCUGCUCCAAGAAAGGUAAACAUUUCCGUUUCCUUGUUGCCUUCCAAAGGAACAACAGCAGAGGCAUCAAAAGCUACUGUUUCCACCCCCGUAACAUCACCCAUUUUGCCUCGAAAGGCACAACCGGAGGCACAGAAAAUGGCCAGAAAAUCGGAACCCCAUAAAAAAGCAGAGUCCAAGAAUAAAGAGGCGCCGAGUGAAGCUCCCAAGUCAGAGGUGGCUGCAGGUACCUCAAAAAAAUCGGUUCCUUCAGCUUUGACUGGAAGAAAACCAAUACCACUUCCUCAAUUGGAGCUCUCGAAGAAAAUCGAAAGCAGGAGGUCAGAUGGAAUUUUACCACAAUCCAGUUCUCGCAAAACAGCGCCUCAAUUGGACCGUUCUAAGAAAAUGCUGGCCAGAAAAUCUGAGGGGGCUGCCUUAGGUGCAAAUGUUAGGAAACAACCGAUUCCUCAUCCAGAAGCCCUGAAGAAAACGGAAACGAAGAAACCAGAAGCUCCAGCUAAAGCUGUUGAGCCCGCAGAAAAUGACAAGACAGUCGAAGCUGAGGAAGCCCAAACGGUGGUUAGGGGUCGUGGGGUAACAAAGAAAACCAAAUCGGAGCAGCGCAUGUUCAGAUCCAAGACAGGACUACCUACCUCAGAGGCUGAAACAACUUCUGACUCAAGGGAUUCUUCUCGCGAUGACAGUGCCCGCUCUUCCGAUAAACCUGUGCCAGUUGCACCACGCCAAGUGAUCCACAGUAAAUCGGUGCACAUGACACGAGCAGCCAGUAGCAACAGAUCACUGGCUCCUACACCAGUCCCCACGCCUGGAAGACAACGGAACGUGCCGAAGGAACUUUUAACAUCUGCUACGGACCAAAAAAGACCAAUACAGCCGGCGCGUACCUUGGAACAAUCGACAAGGGGUGGUGCUCCUGGCGGACGAAGCCGCCAGCCCGCUGUAAAAAGAAAAACAGUCGAUCCUCUAGAAGAGGAUGCAGAAGUCGUGAACCCCAAGCGACCCAAGGAGCUACUGAAGGAGGAUCUGCAACAGAAAGAAGAUCCUAUUCGGGGGUCUGCGGCUGUGGCAUUCCCAGUCAAAAUAACAGUUGCAGACUUGUCCUCCUCGGCGGAUUCUCUGGCAGCUUCCCCUAUGGGUAAAGCAGAUCAACCGAAAUCGAAGAUACGCAAAGUUCGCGUAAGAAUCAAUCGACAAGUCUUCACGAAAUUUUUGAGGGAGCAGCAGGAGAAAAUUGAGGAGAUAAAUACCGUCUCACAAAAACUUCCAUCACCGCCACCACCACAAGAUGCGACGUCGGAAACAGAUUCUGCGGCGGAAUCAAGGUCGGAAACAAAACUACAGUCUCAGACAGAGCCGGCAAUUGUUCUUAAGCCAGUGCCUGCAUCCCAGCUUUUAUCUCAGCCUGUUCCUAAUCCAGCUCCAACUCCAGCUUCAGAAUUGCCAGUAAGAAAAAGCUCAAAUCAGCUAGAACCCAAACCAGUUCAUGUUCCAUCGGCAGCUCCUGAUCCCACACCAGCUGCGAAACCACAACCGGAAUUACCGCCUGCAAAGACAACCGUGAAGACAGCUAUAUAUCCACUGACUGGCCCACAACUUCCCGACGUCGCAAAGUCGCAGGAGAACGCCAUAAAGCUGGCUGAGCAGAAGAGAGUGCAGAUGUUUCACGCCAAGUCAAUGCCCUUACCUGUCCCAAUUCCAGAGGUGAAGUCGGAACCAGAAGAUUCCCCUCCGGAGGUUAUGGAUGAGGGACCGCUUCUUGUGCCGUUGCCUGAGGUUGCAGCAGCACCCGUACCACCGCAACCGCAGUCGGUGAUAGAAGACACGGGUGCCGCCACUUUCCAAAUCAACACUACUGCUGCUUCUUUUUCCUCUGGCCCGAGUGUCUCCCAUUCGAUUCCCUCGGCCAGUGCGCCUAGCAGCAAUCCAAAUGCCAUUGGCCAAACAAAGAUGUUCUCAUUCCUCUACCCAAAUCGCUAUAAGCGAUCCUACGACGACGUGGGUCUGGACUUUUGUUGUCCGAACCUGGACGGACCGAUGCGGGCCAUCGAUUUCACACGCUUGCACUCAAAGGCUGAGGUACCCGUGCUGGAGCUGCCACAGUUUCUCGUUAUUACCACCAAGUUUAUCUCCAAGGCGGAUAAGGAUAUUCCAAGCAAAGUGCGAGCCAAAUUGGAGUUGUUGGGCAAGAGUAAGGAACGGGAUUCCAGUGAGCCGAUUGUUUCAACAACAGCUGUAGCUUCUGGAGAAGAUGCUGCCGCUUCUGCUUACGCUUCGGUUCCUGCGGCACCAACACCUACUAUAAUUGCCCAGGGAGGACCUCCUGCUCCCCUUACUGGCUUGCCUCCAACUGCUGUCCCUCCAACGCCAGCUUCUACCAUUCUCACACCCGGGUUUUCAGCCAACUCCACUCCAGCAGUAGAUUCUUCUAACUUGGAUUCACUGACGAAUAUGCUGCCGCGUGGGACAACGCUGACCAAGAAAGUUCUGAAUCCAGGGGCUCCUGUUCCUCCCACAGCCAGCGCCUCGAUGCUGGCCUCUCUGCCGCCGGCCUUCAUCCAAAUGCCACCGAUCUGUCCCACGGACAAGCAGCGCAUGGAGCUUCAAUCGAGGGUGCAGGUGCUUGAUUUGGUGCUCCAGGCGCUGAGCCGUCGGGUAGCCACCUUGACUUUGGCCGAGAGACAACGCACUAUCGAGGAGAUGGUGAAGACCAGCUCGCUUAUGGCCAUCGACGUUGAUGUGGGUACGAAGCUGUUGGAGAACUACAUGAAUUACUUGAAUAAGGCCACCAGCACGACGACGACGAUACCCCCGAUCUCUCAUAACCCGGUGGUCAUGCCGUCGACUUCUGUUGCCGCUUCAGCAGCUAAUGCCAUAACACCAACCGCACCUAGCAGCUCAUCGCUUUCCAAAAGCAUAGUAAGCACCACAACUAUCACAUCCAGCGCAUCACCGAGGACCAAGAAGACUGCACAGAGUGUCCAACAGCGCAGCUCCCUUCCCGCCAGCAUUCCACUAUUCGAUCCGGAACAGAACAUUAUUGGUUUUCAGUGUCCCACCGUCAGAGCGCCUGUCGCACCACCGGCCGCGGUCCGAAAGACUUCUCCAGCUGUCCCCAGCACUCCUGUGAGAGCCUCGACAUCUUCAGCAGCCGCAGCGGCAACGAAAGGUCAGCAUCGAUCCACAUCGGCAGGCAAUAAGAGUGCUGGAGCUAACCCAAACCAGUUUGUCAACAUGAAGUCAGCUAUGUCAAUAAACAUGGCGGCACCAAGAGUUAACAAGAAGAAACAAGAGCAAUCCGGUACUACCCUGACGUUAAAUCCUCUGGUACCUGGUGACAAAUAUGUGCUUUGUAAAAAGAAGACCACGCCGAUAAGGACAGCCACUCAGCCCAAGACCACAGCAUCACCCGCCAUGAAGAUACCGCCUACGCCUGCACCUCCAAGUGGGACUGCGGAUACAGCACCGGAUGAAACAAUCGUAACUCCCCCAGUCGGAAUGAGCCUCACUAGCACCUCCAAUCCGAACGUGUUUUUAAUCAACCAAGUCUCGCAGCCGGAGGAAAGCAUAUUGCCCGACCUAAAUCAUCCUGUGGCUCCCUUGGAAGCAGAGAUCAAGGGCGAAUUGGAUGACUCUUCGGAGGCUAUUAUUUAGCGCCGUAGGAGACUAAAACCCAGAUGGAAAGUAUUCUAAGUUACUUUAACACAAUUAAUUAAGAAGAGUUGAUUAUUUCGUUGAACGCAAGAACAGAAUUAUUUAUGUAAUUCUAUUAUAAAGAAUUUGUUAAACCUUUCGCACCAUCCGGAAUUUUUUUUUGGAAAAUAAAUGGAUAAAAAUUGUA